AUGGACAAAACAUCUAAAAUUUCUACGUCUCCUACUAGAGCACCUGUAAAAAAGGAAAAUGAAGAAGAAAUUAAGGAAUUUGCCGAGACAGCUAUGAACGAACUGCUUGGCUGGUACGGUUAUGAGCGUUUGGAGUUACGGAGAUGGGCGGCGUCUCGGGCAAGGGAACCUUCGAGCCCUGAGCAUCAAACAGAACAAAAGAACAAAGAUGAAUGUUCAUGGUGCAACAAGAAUAUAACAAGUGAAAAUGGCGCUUUACAGCAGGCUGGGGCGGUAUUUUGUUCAGAGCUUUGCUUCAGUCAGUCUAGGCGCGCAAAUUUCAAGCGCGCGAAAACGUGCGAUUGGUGUCGACAUGUGAGGCACACGGUUGCCUAUGUCGAUUUUCAGGAUGGCGCAACGCAGCUGCAGUUUUGCUCGGAUAAAUGCCUAAAUCAAUACAAAAUGCACAUAUUUUGUCGAGAGACUCAGGCGCACCUUGAUCUAAAUCCCCAUUUGGUGAGCAGCUCCUCGACAUCCAAUCUUAUCACUCCAGAUCUGUGGUUGAAGAACUGUAAAAGCCGAUCGGUAUCACCAUUGUCUGAAAGAUCUGGUUCCCCAAAUACAGAACCCAAGCACACCAACGAAAAAACAUCUGAGUCAUCAUGUCAUCGAAAAUCACCAAUGCCGUUGAUAACCAUAGCUCCAACUGCUAAACUUAUGAAUCCAAAGUCUACAGAUGAGAAAACAUUUACUCAAAAAUCCCCGGAAACAAAAAAAGAAAUAAGACAGACUAAGAUGAACUUACGAAAGCGCAGAGCAUCUAAAUGUACGUCUACAGUGACCUCCCAAACAAUACGGCAUCAUACUACUACACCAAAGGCGCAAGACUUGAGAAUGUGUAGCCCCUCUAUAGAUGGGUCAUCGCCAACUUCAUCAGUUACUGUUGGAAAUAGUAAUAUUCAUUCCCCACCCAGUAAUAUAAACGCUCAAAUACCUCCGUUUAAUCCAAUGUUUGGAAUGCCACCACCUGUUUUUCUUGAUAAUCCUGCUCAUAUGAAUGAUUAUAGACAUCCAGGAAUAUAUCCACCGCGUUUCGGUUUCAUGCCACCUCGUCCUAUGAUGCCGCAAGAAAGGCCGAGAAUAUUUCCACCAAUAAACUUCUCGCAUGCCAUAGGUCAACCACCGCCUGUAACCGUUUUGGUUCCAUAUCCAGUAAUUUUACCCAUACCUCUUCCAAUUCCUAUCCCGAUCCCCUUGUCAUCCUUUUUACAAGCACAUCGAGUUAAAGUAAAAACUGAAGUAAAUAGUGACGACACAGAGGGCCCGUUAGAUUUUACUAUUAACAAUGAUAAAAAUGAAGCCAAAGAGUCGGAAGAUAGUCACAUAAAUUUUAACACAGAAAAGGAAACCUGCACAAAUGAACUCAAUAAAGAUGUCACUAGGCUGGAAUGUGAAAAAGAAAGUUUAGUUUCUGAAACAAACACGGAGCAAACAUUGCCAAAAUUUAAAAUAACAAGACUAGGAAGCAAAAUGGCAAAAAUAGUGACCAAGGUGAGGGAAACAUCUGAAUCUUCCAGACCACUUAGAAAAAGGCGGAGAUUGGUAGAAGUCACUCCAGACGAUGAUUCUCUUAUUCCCAAGACAAGGAAAACUGUUGAAGUUUAA